AUGGAUUACGACGACAGACCAAAGCUGUCGGUAGACGCGGAGAAAGAAAUCACGAGACUAUGGCGAACAUGGAAAACAGUCCUCGAGAUGCUUGUCGACCGCGGAUAUGCUAUCUCUGAAGAGGAACUGACCAUCUCUCGAGACAAGUUUCAGCGCAAUUAUUGCGACAGACAAACCGGGACCGCAGACCGGAGGAUGAUGAGACUACAGGCUGCUCCUACCGAGGAGAUGAUCAAGCGCGACACUCCCAGAGCGACUGCCAAAAACCCGAACCCUUCGACAACCGCAGGCACAAUCUGGGUCGAGUUCAGUCCCGAAACCACUAUCGGCAUCAAACACCUGCGCGCAUUCGCUCAGCAUCUUGACCAGCAUAAAUUUACGACCGGCAUUUUCAUUACCAUCGGUCCCGUCACCGGCGCUGCCCUCCGAGCCUUCGAGCCCUUGACAGAACGUGGGAUAACGGCAGAAUGGUUCCAAGAGCAGGAUCUGCUUGUCAACAUCACGAGACAUGAAUUGGUCCCGAAGCAUGUCUUACUUAGCGCGGAAGAGAAGAAGGUUCUGCUCGAUCGAUACCGACUGAAGGAGACUCAACUGCCACGCAUUCAAUAUAGCGAUCCUGUCGCCAGGUAUCUAGGCCUGAAAAGAGGCAACGUGGUCAAGAUCAUCCGAAAGAGUGAGACAGCGGGUCGUUAUGCCAGUUACCGCUGGGUCUUCUAA